AUUCAGAUUGAAAAAUGCCUCGCUUUGAUGAUCGAUAUGGAAACACUCGCCUUUACGUUGGGCGCUUGUCAUCUAGAACUCGUACCAGAGACCUUGAGCGUCUUUUCAGCAGAUACGGAAGGUUUCUGGGGGUGUUUGCCUAACCUGGAGAUGUUUGAUUGAGUAUGUGGUGGAUAUUCUGGCCUGGUGUGAUGUAUAGAGGGUGCUUGCUUUGGCGUUUCCUGUUUGUAGAUUUGUUGCAUGUAUUACUUGGCCACACAAUUCUCAAAAUGGUGUUUGGUGUAUGUAAUGAUGGGGCCUUUGAUUUUCUGGCUACACUUUUCCGCAGAGUACGAGAUGUUGAUAUGAAGCGCGAUUACGCCUUUGUUGAAUUUAGUGAUCCUCGUGACGCUGAUGACGCUAGACAUUACCUAGAUGGGCGAGACUUUGAUGGAAGUCGCAUCACUGUGGAGGCUUCUAGAGGGGCACCUCGUGGGUCUCGAGACUCUCGGGAUAAUGGUAGUAGAGGUCCACCUCCUGGUUCUGGUCGCUGUUUUAACUGUGGUGUUGAUGGUCACUGGGCUCGGGACUGCACAGCAGGAGACUGGAAGAACAAAUGUUACCGCUGUGGUGAAAGAGGACACAUUGAGAGAAACUGCAAGAACAGUCCUAGUAGUCCUAAGAAGGCCAGGGGUGGUGGAAGCUACUCCAGGUCACCAGUUAAAUCACGCUCUCCUCGCCGCAGAAGAAGCCCAAGCCGUAGCCGUAGUUACAGCCGUGGUCGUAGCUACAGCCGAUCACGGUCGCCAGUGAGAAGAGAGAGAAGCGUGGAAGAUAGAUCACUCAGUCCUAAGGCAAUGGAGCGAUCCGUAUCUCCCAGAGGCAAAGACCAAAGCAUGAGUCCAGACAGAAGGGUCGCAGAUGCAAGUCCAAAACGUGAAAAGCAAGAAGGAUCAGACUAUGAAGGCAGCAGCCCAAAAGAGAAUGGUAAUGGGAAGAACUCUGUGAGUCCAAUUGUAGGAGGUGAAGAAAGUCCUGCUGGACUUGAUGGUCAAGACAGGAGUCCCAUUGAUGAUGAGGCUGAACUUAACCCUUCUUCCCCUAAAGGCAGCGAGUCACCUUGAUGUCUCAUUGCCCCAAAAGGUUAAAAAGCUCACUGCAUGUCGUUGUGUGGUGUCAAUGCAUGAUGCUGUUCCUUCCUUAGACUUACUUUCUUUGUUGGCUCGUUGGCGUGUCAUGAGACAGCUUUCAAACUAUGUUAUCUUUCAUACAUUUCUUUUUAGCAACACAUAUUUAUUUCUCGUUUGACUCCUGUAAGAGUAAAGCUUCGAGUGUUAUUCUCUUUUUGAUUAUAUUCACCACUUUUAUC